AUGUCUGGCGUUGAGGUUGUCGGAAUCCUCCUCGGUGCAAUACCUCUAGUGGUCUCUGCCAUCAAGUCCUACAAAACGACCAAACAGCGACGCAAGUGGUUUACGAAAAAGGACCUCUAUAUUGACAGGCUGAUCCAGUCACUGAACGAGCAGAUCUAUUUCAUCAAGGCGGAUGUUCAGAUUGCACUGCGGUCGACAGAUCUCGGACAGGGCAAGAUCACGGCCUUUCUUACUGACCCGGACCUGGACCUUUUACGGAACCAAGAGGUGGCAGACGCGAUUAGGGAUCAUCUGGGAGAAGGGUUUCAGCUCUACCUGGAUGCCCUUACACGCUGCCAGGAUACGAUAUGCAAUAUUGUCAAGAAUCUGAACGGCCUCGUGUCAGGCGCGAAAAGUAUUGAGUCUGCCGACCUGGCUGCUAUUGUUAGGGAGACCCCGAAGAAAAACGGAGACUUUGAAUUCCCCAAGAAGAUCAAGUUCAGCCUGCAAAAGGAGGACAUUGAGGCGGAGAUAGCAGGCCUCGAGGCGUCCGCGAAGAUACUGGGCCGUAUCAACAAACAGAGCACCCAAAGGGACACAAUCGCCGUACAAUCCAGCUCACGGAAGAUUACCAAGCUGGCCUCGACUGUUGCUUUGGUACGCAACUCAGCGCAUCGUUUGUAUACUGCCUUAUCUCGGGGAUACAAUCAUACCUGCCAUGACCAGCACGAGGUCCAACUGUUCAUGCAAGUGAGAUCCGACUUAUUAGAUGGGAGGAAGUCCAAAACCCUCAAAAAGGCACCAGUGGCCUUUGAAGUGGCAUUCUGUUUCACCGAGGGCAUGGCUUGGGACCAGGGCACGGGGAGUUAUAAAACCAAAAUUCAGGUCACUGAAAGUUACGAUGAUAUUGACGAGGCUGACAUCUGUGCCGACUCUUGCAUGCACAAGUCUCCACCGGUCGUGACGUUCAAUCUCCCAGACCCAGCAGAUACGACUACUUCUAGCGUCAACAUCCAUAACCUGUGUUCCCUAGUGCAGUCAACGCACGCGAAUGGAGAAAGCGUCGAGAUAUGUCUUUCAGGGAGUGGAAAUCUCUGCUCUACUAAGAGCCUAGCAAGGAACAGCGCAGUUCCCCAAACCAGGGAAACAAUCUGUCCUGUAACUCUUGCAAGUCUUCUCACCGCGGAUCCAAACCCAUCACCACUCCCUCUGAACCACCGCAUAGCCCUAUCCUGCAAUAUCGCCUCAACCGUGUUACAGCUUCAUUCAACCCCAUGGAUGACCCUUCCCCUCGCAAGCUCAUCCAUUUUCUUCGUUCCCGAUGGCUGCACCAAAGACCAUAAAACAGCAACUCAAAGAAACAAAUAUAUCCCCUUCAUCAAAGCCAAAUUCCAAAGCCAGCCCCGAGCCCGUACGGUAUCCCACUACGACCCACGGGAGUCGAUGCUCGAACUCGGCAUCCUCCUCCUCGAACUCUGGUACUCGUACUCCAUUGAAGCCUUCGCAGCAGAACAUGGAUUUGGGUUAGCGCAAAGCUUCGAGUCUCGAUACGCCGUCGCCCGAAAGUGGGCCUUGCACAGCGAAGAGGAAGGUGAUCUGAUGCCAUUCUAUCUAGAGGCAGCAACUCGGUGCAUUGAAUUCACGUUUACGACUUUGUCUGCGCGUCCUGUUUGGGAGGACUUGACUUUUCAGAAGUCUGUUUGUCAGGAUUUACUCAGGCCGUUGCUGGAUCAUUGUCCGGCUAAGUAUAGAUGA